AUGUCAAUUGAUCCAUUUGAGCUGCCAGGUUACGCAUGUUCGCUUGUGUCUCCUGAUGAAAUUUUAUUGUCUCCUGAUGAAGAUUCAUUGUCAUCUGAUGAAGAUUCAUUGUCUCCUGUUGAAGUUGAUUUGCCUCCUGUUGAAGUAGAUAUGUGUGAACUGCAAUAUAAUCCUGAGAUAGAGAAGACUGCUCGUGCAUUGAGAAAAGCAACAAGAGAACGAGCAGAGGCAUCCUCCUCAUCUACUGGACAUAAUUCAGUAGUAGAUUUUAUGGAUUCAUUUAGUGAGACGGAAGAGAUAAAUAGCACCAUGGCUAAUGAACGGACAUUGAGAGAAUUGGCUGCACCAGAUUUAAAUCAACAGCCUCUUUGCAUUACUUAUCCUAGAUUAGAGGUUGCAUUUGAGUUAAAAUCUGGACUAAUCCAUUUACUUCCUUCUUUUCAUGGCUUACCAGGUGAAGAUCCCCACAAGCAUCUCAAAGAAUUCCAUGUGGUUUGCUCGACAAUGAAACCCCAGGGAGUCACAGAGGAGCAAAUUAAAUUAAGAGCCUUUCCAUUUUCCUUAGCCGAUAAAGCUAAGAAUUGGCUCUAUUAUUUGCCCUCUGGGUCAAUAUCCACAUGGACAGACAUGAAGAAGCAUUUCCUAGAAAAAUUCUUUCCUGCAUCCCGAGCUGCAAGCAUUAGGAAAGACAUCUGUGGAAUUCGACAAUUCAAUGGAGAGACUCUACAUGAAUAUUGGGAAAGAUUCAAGCAACUAUGUGCUAGUUGUCCUCAUCAUCAAAUUCCUGACCAACUCCUCAUCCAGUAUUUUUAUGAGGGUCUGUCCCAAACUGACAGAAGAAUUAUUGAUGCUGCCAGUGGGGGCUCCUUAGUGAAUAAAACACCCACGGAGGCAAGAAAUUUGAUAUCGAGUAUGGCUGCAAAUGCUCAACAAUUUGGAGACAGGCAGGAUAACACAACUCGUAGAGUCAAUGAGGUAAGUAAUUCUUCAAUAGAGCAAAGAUUAGAUUGUCUAACUUCUUUGGUUGAAAAGUUAGCUAUAGGACAAAUGCAGCAAUUGAAAACAUGUGGAAUCUGCUAUGGUUCGAGUCAUCCAACAGAUAUGUGCCCCACACUCCAAGAUGAUUCGACUGAGCAGGCUAAUGUAGUUGGAUUUCGGGACCACCUCAGAGGCGGUAUGAUCCCUAUGCAAACACCUAUAAUCCAGGAUGGAGGGAUCAUCCUAAUUUUAGUUAUGCAGCAAGGCCACCAGGAUUUCCACAACAGCCACAAUAUCAACCUAGACCUCAACUUUCACAGCAACAACCUGCUCCUAAAUCAGUUAGCUUCCACAGUCAAUAGAUUGGAGUCCCAAUUAUCUGGAAAGCUACCCUCACAGACAAUUGUCAACCCCAAGCAAAAUGCCAUUGCCAUCACAUUAAGAAGUGGCAAAGAGUUGCCUGAGCCGAGCAAGAGAAUUUCUGAACAAGCAAUCGAGGAAGAGCUCGAAAAAGAGGGGAAUCCUCCAUUUCCUAGUCGACUGGCAAAGUCCAAAAAGCAAGAGCAAGAACAGGAGAUUUUGGACACUUUUCGAAAAGUUGAGGUAAAUAUCCCUCUUUUAGAUGCAAUUAAGCAAAUUCCUAGAUAUGCUAAAUUUUUGAAGGAGUUAUGCACUGGUAAGAAAAAGUUGAAAGGAAACGAGAAAGUGCAUAUGGGAGAAAAUGUCUCGGCAGUUCUGCAGAAAAAAUUGCCUCCUAAAUGCAAGGACCCGGGUAUGUUUACUGUCCCUUGUAAAAUAGGCAAUAUUAAAAUUGAAAAAGCUAUGUUGGAUUUGGGUGCUUCGAUAAAUGUUAUGCCUCGUUCUAUUUAUAAUUUGAUGAACUUUGGGCCUUUAAAAGAGACGGGCGUAAUAAUUCAACUGGCUGAUCGAUCAAAUGCCUAUCCUGAUGGAGUUUUGGAGGAUAUUUUAGUGCAAAUUGAUAAUUUGAUUUUUCCUGCAGAUUUUUAUGUGCUUGAUAUGGAGGAUGAUAAUUCUAAUUCAUCUCCAAUACUGUUAGGGAGACCAUUUUUGAAAACUGCUAGAACAAAAAUUGAUGUUUUCACUGGCACAUUGACUAUGGAAUUUGAUGGUGAUGUUAUUAAAUUUAGUAUUUAUGAUGCCAUGAAAUAUCCUGGUGAAUCUCAUUCAAUUUUUGUUAUAGAUGUAAUUGAUUCUUUGGCGCAGCAAAAUUUUGAAUUUAAUAAUGACGAUGCGUUGAAGUUUGUUUUUCCUUUUGAAUUGCAGGAAGUUAUUUUUGAAUUGAAUUCUCUUUGUCCAGAAUUUUCCAAUGUGUCUUACUUGGAAUUACCUUUGUCUCAUUCACAGCUUUUGCCAUCUAUUGUGCAAGCCCCGAAGGUGGAAUUAAAGCAGUUACCGGAUAAUUUAAAGUAUGCAUUCUUGGGAGAUGGAGAUACACUCCCAGUAAUAAUUUCCAGUAAAUUGACUGCUUUAGAGGAAGAAAAACUAAUUCGGGUGUUGAAGGACCACAAGGAGGCAAUAGGAUGGACAGUGGCUGACAUAAAAGGAUUAAGUCCAGCCACUUGCAUGCAUCGCAUCUUGUUAGAAGAUGGUGCUAAGCCUUCGAGAGAGGCUCAACGGAGAUUGAACCCACCAAUGAUGGAGGUAGUGAAGAAAGAAGUUUUAAAACUUCUUGACACAGGUAUAAUCUAUCCCAUUUCGGAUAGUAAGUGGGUAAGUCCUGUUCAAGUAGUUCCUAAAAAGACAGGAAUUACUGUUAUUGAAAAUCCUAAAGGUGAGUUAGUGCCCACUCGAGUUCAAAAUGGGUGGAGAGUAGAUAAGGCUAAGGUAGAAAUUAUCAAAUGUUUACCUUACCCCGCAAGUGUGCGGGAAGUUCGCUCUUUUCUUGGCCAUGCAGGUUUUUAUAGGCGUUUCAUCAAAGAUUUUUCAAAGAUAUCCCAUCCUCUAUGCAAAUUACUUCAAAAGGAUGUGGUAUUUCAUUUUGAUGAUAAUUGCAAGAGUGCAUUUGACACGCUCAAGGGAUCAUUGACUUCAGCACCAGUGGUUCGACCACCAAACUGGAGUCUUCCUUUCAAGAUAAUGUGUGAUGCCAGCAAUUUUGCUGUUGGUGCAGUACUCGGCCAGAAAGAGGGCAGAGCUUCUUAUGUCAUUUAUUAUGCCUCGAGGACCUUGGAUGGUGCCCAAUGCAAUUAUUCGACUACGGAAAAGGAGCUUUUAGCUAUUGUUUUUGCUUUAGAAAAAUUCCGUUCUUAUUUACUUGGCACUAAAGUCAUUAUUUAUUCUGACCAAGCAGCUUUGAAAUAUUUGCUCAACAAGAAAGAGGCCAAACCACGACUUAUAAGGUGGAUUCUCCUACUCCAAGAAUUUGAUCUGGAAAUUAAAGACAAAAGGGGUGCUGAAAAUAUGGUUGCUGAUCACCUCAGUCGUUUGAUCAAUAGUGAAGGACCUGCUCCCUUGAAAGAUAAUUUUCCAGAUGAGCAUCUUUUUGUAGUUCAAAAGACAACUCCCUGGUAUGCUGAUUUAGUGAAUUAUCUUGUUACUAGAACGCUACCUAAUGAUUUGUCUAGAGCUCAAAAGGAAAAAAUUAAAAGUGAUGUUAAAUAUUAUGUGUGGGAUGAACCAUACUUUUGGAAAUAUUGUUCUGACCAAAUUAUUCGCAGGUGUGUGUCUGAAGAAGAGGUUCCAUCAAUUUUAUCUUUUUGUCACUCAUAUGCGUGUGGUGGACAUUUUGGCCCUAAGCGAACUGCAAGAAAGGUUUUAGAGUGUGGUUUAUUUUGGCCAACUUUGUUUAGUGAUGCAUACUUAUUUUGUAAAUCAUGUGCAAAUUGUCAAAAGACAGGUAAUUUAAGCCAUAGAGAUCAAAUGCCUCUUACUCCUAUACUGGUUUGUGAAAUUUUCGAUGUAUGGGGUAUAGAUUUUAUGGGUCCAUUUCCUUCCUCUUUUGGUAAUAUGUAUAUAUUACUUGCAGUUGAUUAUGUCUCAAAGUGGAUAGAGGCUAAGGCAACUAGGACUGACAAUGCUAAGGUUGUAGUUGAUUUUAUUAAAUCUCAUAUUUUUGUCAGGUAUGGCACGCCAAGAGCAAUUAUCAGUGACCGAGGGACACACUUCUGCAAUCGAGUAAUGGAAGCAUUGUUGAAGAAAUAUGGCGUCACUCACCGGGUUUCUACGUCCUAUCAUCCGCAGACUAGUGGUCAAGCAGAAAUCUCCAAUAAAAAAAUCAAAUCGAUACUUGAAAAGACGGUGAAUCCCAAUAAAAAGGAUUGGAGUUUGCGCUUAGAUGAUGCACUUUGGGCUUACCGUACAGCUUUUAAGACCCCCAUAGGUAUGUCUCCUUACCGAUUAAUUUUUGGCAAACCUUGUCAUCUACCUGUGGAAUUGGAACAUAGGGCAUAUUGGGCAGUUAAAAAUUACAAUAUGCGGAUGGAUGAAGCUGGAGAACACAGGAAGUUGCAAUUGCAAGAGUUGGAGGAAAUCCGAAAUGAUGCAUAUGAGAGUUCUAGCAUUUACAAGGAAAAGACAAAAGCAUUUCAUGAUAAAACAAUUUCGAGGAAAAUUUUUUGUAUUGGUCAAAAAGUACUUCUUUUUCACUCUAGACUUAAACUUUUUCCUGGUAAAUUGCGUUCUCGUUGGAUUGGACCUUUUAUUGUGACUAAUGUGUUUCCUCAUGGUGCAGUACAAAUUCAAAGUCUUCACACUGACAAGAUUUUUAAGGUUAAUGGUCAUCGUCUCAAACCUUUUUAUGAAGGAUUUGAAGUUAAUAAUGUUGAGGAGGUAGGAUCAAAUAAAGCAGCAGCUGUUGGCCCUCGCCGAGAUCAGCAGCGAACCUUCAACCAUCAGCAGAAUCUCCGAGCAGUCGGUCCUCGUACGGAGCAGAUCCAACAGAUGGAUCGACGUUUGUCCCGCAUGGGUUACGCAUGCUCGCUUGUGUCUCCUGAUGAAAAUUUAUUGUCUCCUGAUGAAGAUUCAUUGUCAUCUGAUGAAGAUUCAUUGUCUCCUGUUGAAGUUGAUGUGCCUCCUGUUGAACCUGAUGUGUCCAGGGGGUUGUGGUACGUCCAGAGCUUCCCCAUGAGAGUAUUCAAAUGGUCGCCAGCUUUUCAUGUUGAUCGUGAGCCUUCGGUGGUUCCGGUGUGGUUCCAAUUGCCCAAGUUGCCUCUUCAUUUUUUCCAUAAGGAAGCUUUGUUCCAAAUCGCAGGCUUGGUGGGCGUUCCUUUGCUGGUCGACGCCGCUACCAUGGCUGUCUCGCGACCGAAUGUGGCUAGGGUCUGCGUGGAGGUGGACCUGCUGAAGCCUUUACCUCCUCGGGUUUGGAUUGGGAAUGGUGGUCAUGAAGGGUUUUGGCAAGAGCUGCGGCCAGAAAAUUUGCCUAGCUAUUGUCUACACUGCUAUCGACAGGGUCAUCGGGUGGAUGCAUGUCACGUUUUACAGCCAGCCUUGAGGCCUGCAAAGAGGGUGCGGGAUGCUCCUUCGGUCCAGGCUUUUGGGGAAGCAGAGGAUAAGGCAGCAACGCAGGAGGCUCCUGGUGGGGGGAAGCUAGAUCCUGGUGCGGCUGGGCUAACGGCAGGGUCUCCUGUCGCAAAGGGAACGUCCCUUGUCCUGCUGGGUGGGGCGUCUUCAUCGUAUGCUGAGGUUGGGCAGGGUGAUGCCCAGGUCAAGUCUCCUCCUGGGGGGUGUCCCCGCGACAAGAGUUUUACGGCUGCGGCAGAGGAGGUUGUCGAGCCGACAAGACAGCAGGAACCCAUGUCUCUCCAGGACGCUGCGCGGCUUGUGUCUUCCCCAUUGCCUCUUGCUGCGCUUAGCCAGCAACGAGGUGAGGGAGCAGGGAUGGCAGGUCUCCAAGGAGAGCUGGAGUCGCUAGUCGACGGUGCAAUGCAGACCGCGGUUGCAGCAGAGCUGGAGCGAAUUGCAGAGCUGGUGGUUACCGAACAAAGCAGUGAGGAGGGGGGCGAUGGGCUUCGGACUGAAGUGGUGAUUGUGGAGGGGGAGGGGGAUGAUGCUGUAGGCCGAGUUGUGCAGGAUGGGGGUGAUGUUGUGGAUAACCAGGAGGUGGUGCCUGUUGCUGGUCUCUCGGCUCAGCUACAUGGGACGUUAGAGGUUGUGCUGGAGGUGGAGCAGGGGCUGGUGCGUGGUGAGGAAGUGCAGGAAGGGUAUGUGUCUGACGAACCUGAUGUUCAGGGCUGCACGGCAGCAGGGAAUUUGUCUCCAAGAGGAAUAGGAGUGGCAGCUGAACGGCUUCACGUGGCCCAGCUAGUGGAGCACCCCUGUCAAGUAGUUGAUGAUAAUUUUCAGACGGCCAAGACUAGAGCUAAAGGGCUGCGGGCCAAAUUUCCUUCGGAUAGGGAGCUUCGCUCUACGUUUCGUAUUAGAUUAGGUUUUGAUUGUGUUCGAACUCAUUCGUCGGGGUUGUUGUGGGUGUUUUUUAAUUUACCUUUUGUGGGUUUUGUGACGACUGAGGGGGAUCAAUUUUUAUCACUGGAAAUUAGUCAUCCUCAAUUGUCAGCUCCACUUACUGUUACUGCUGUUCAUGCUGCAUCUACGGGAGAGGAAAGGAGGGUUCUUUGGGACGGGGUGUUGCAUUGUCAGCCGCAUCAGAGGCCUUGGAUUGUUGUUGGAGAUUUCAAUGUGGUCGUUGAACCGUGGGAAAAAAGAGGUGGGCGGCCUUUUAGGGUGGCGGAGGCUAGAGAUUUUGUUGAUUUUAUGGCCUAUGCGGGUUUGUUUGAUGGGGGUUUCUCAGGGUCGAACUUUACUUGGUGCAAUAACCGUCACGGUAGAGCGCGAAUUUGGAAGCGGUUGGAUCGUGUCUUACUGAAUGAGGCAUGCAUGGAUUUACAUGUUUCUGUCACAGUUGAUCAUUUGGCGCGGCACCCUUCGGAUCAUGCCCCGUUGCUCAUGGCGGUAUCUACUCGGUUGGAUAGCAAACCUCGGUGUUUUAGGUUCAUUAACGCCUGGGCUGCCCAUAAGGAGUUCUUGGGGGUGGUGAAGCAGUCUUGGGAGCAGGAGUGUGAGGGACCUCCGUUGCACGUCCUUUGUUCAAAGUUACAACGUGUAAAAAGGAGUAUUCAAGCGUGGAAUAGGGACAAAGUUGGGAAUUUUUCUGACAAUGUUAGGAAGGCAGAGGCGGAAGUGGCUCGAUUGGACCAAUGUAUGGUAGGCGGGGGUUCUGAGAACGAUCAACUGCAGUUACACCAGGCCCAGGCUCGGCUUAGUCGUGCGCUGGCCAUGGAGGAGGCCCUAUGGAAGCAGAGGUCUAGAGUCAAAUGGUUGCAGUUGGGGGAUAGGAACACCAGCUUUUUCCACGCGGUGGUGAAGCAACGGCGCAUGCAAGCAGUGAUUCAUGGGGUCCAGGAUGCCAAUCAAGAGUGGGUGACUGAGGACGCGCGUAUCGGGGCUGAAGCAAUUAAGUACUUCUCGUCUCUUUUUUCGAUGGAAGAGGCUCCAGCAAGUUCAGAGGUACUUGGGGUCAUCCCAAAGUUGUUGUCGGAGGAUGACAAUGAGCAGUUGCAGAAUAUGCCAUCCUUUGAGGAAGUGCGGGACGUGGUUUUUGCGAUGGACGGGGAUAGUGCCGCCGGGCCGGAUGGGUUCACUGGGAAAUUCUUUACCUCUUCCUGGGAUAUUAUUGGCAGAGAUGUGUAUAGGGCGGUGCUAAGCUUUUUCUGUGGUGAGGAGCUUCCACGACGGGUUACUGCUACCUCCAUAAUUCUUUUGGCCAAGGUAGCACGGCCGAAGAGUUUUUCUGAGUUUCGACCGAUCAGUUUGUGUAACUUUAUGAACAAGAUUUUGUCGAAGAUUCUAGCAGCUCGACUUGCGCCUAUCCUUCCCAAGAUCAUUUCUACGAAUCAAAGUGGUUUCGUUCGGGGACGGUUAAUUUCGGAUAAUUAUCUGCUAGCUCAGGAACUAUUGUCUAAUAUGGGUAGCAAGGUACGGGGAGGGAAUGUGGCAUUGAAGUUAGACAUGAUGAAAGCUUAUGACCGGGUAGUAUGGCCUUUUUUGAUCAAUGUGCUUAGGGCUUUUGGGUUUGGAGAGCAGUGGAUUGAUAUGGUUUGGCGGCUCAUUUCGAAUGUCUGGUUUUCAGUGGUUGUCAAUGGGGCGCUGUUUGGCUUCUUUAAGUCAAGUCAGCCCGGGGGUUACGCCAAGGGGAUCCGCUCUCCCCUGCUUUGUUUAUCAUUGGAGCCGAGGUGUUGUCGAGGUCGCUGA